CCUUUUGCAUGACUUUCUUCAUUCGGUCGCUACACUUCCCAACAUAUAUAUAAUCAUAUAUUCUAUAAAUUAUCCUUCUUUUCUAUCCUGUCUUUUCAGGGUUCUUUUCUUUGCCUUCAAAUUCAAUCAAAAAUCAAUCCUUUUUCGGAAUGCGCGCACCCAGAUUUUCGUUCCCUUCUUCUCUCUUUAAACUUGAACCAGUUCCCCCAUUUUCUGGAGCUAUCGAUAUCUGGGUCUUCCGGAUUCCUGUCUCUUUCUCGUCAUAAGCGUCUAUUUGGACAGUUCAUCAGUGAAAUGCACUGCUUUCGUCUUAACUGAGUUGACAAAAGGUGUGUGUUAUCUCAAGUGUUGGAGAAUCAAUGGGUGAUUUAUAUAUUGAAAACAAAGUCUCUGAAAUCUCAUCCCCCGUCUUCUUAUCAGGCAUGUUAUGCUGUUGUGAGUAACGUAUAUGUUCCUUUUGACUUUUUUGGAUUCUUCUCUUCAAUGGACGAGAUUUUCUCUCAUCUCUUGACACUGACUACUUACGUAAGUCGCCGGUUCAUUUGUUUUAUCGAUAAUCUUGUUCGCCAGGAGAUCAAUAAGUGCACAGAAGAUAUGCUAGUUGUAUCUUCAGGACAACAUCCUAGAUCUUCAGGCCAUAGCAUCAGUGAACCUAAUCUGGAGCAACAUGCAUGUUCCUAUGUGACUUGUGGUGCUGAGACAAGGGUUAGAAUUGGUGGAAGAGAGGUGUUUGAUGUCUUAGUGGAAGUACCUGUAAAUACAGGGUCUGAAAUUAUAGAGAGCAAUUACAGCUAUUUGGGGGGCCCCUUCGUUUUUCAGGGGAUGAUGCUCCCAGCGUUUGGUUUAAAAGUUGCCUUGAGGUUGGCUCUGGCAUCUUGGAGAGUUUCCUUCUAUUACCUUAGAAGUGCUCAACAUUACGUUCGUAGCGUUACGUCUCGGGUGAAGACAACUUUUCGUGGUUCUUCUGAUGAUAUUGGAUGGUUGCAAAACACUCCAGGAAUGGCUUCUGUAGAGGAUGGUACUGCAAGAUUCUUGGAACUGCUUGAAGACUUAAGGUAUCAAGUCUUGAUAGCAAAUUCAAUUUCUGUAAAUUCAUGAAAAAUGAAAACUUGGAAAGAUGGGGGAACUAACUAUAGGAAUUGUUUUAAGUAUAAUGAAAAUACUAAAUAAAAUCAGAGGUAGCAAUGCAUCUUCAUAAAUGUUGUUGAUGUAAGUGUUAUUGCGGAGGAUGCAACUGUUGCUGUUCAGCUAACUACUUCCUUCACCGAACUCCUUCUUGACAGUUCUGACGGAUAACUCUUCCAAUUUGCCCGCUCAAUUCGAACUUCAAUCUUUUUUCUUCCGAGUCUUCAUAGUAUUAUCUUCAAAAAUUUCUCAAACAUAGCUUGUAAUUCCCCCAUAACGACUAGCUCUGAUGCCAAUUUGCUAUGGUCCAAAUCUUGUUAUGGAGUUUUUGUUAAUAGUAGUAUAGGCUCGUUAAGAAACAAUCUAACGAUCUCCUACAGUUAAAGUACUUAAGAAACUCUUUCGACAAAUUUUUCUGCAUAUCUAUACCAGAGACAGCAAGUGGUUUUUAUACAAGAGGGAUGAUGAUCAGUUGUUCUGGUGGUUAUUUCCAAAGCAGUUCCUGAUGCACAUUCUCCCAAUUUUCUCCUACUAUCCUACCGCAUGUACUUAAAUACCACUUAAAUAUCCCACAUAGUACACAAAAAGUCCAGCAAAUGAGAAGCAAUUAUUAUGGAAUUUUAUACUAAUUUCUAGAUUUAACUAACAACUCCAUAUCCUCGUCUAUCUUAUCCUUCAACUAAAUCAUACACAUACUUAAAUACAUUAAGUGCAGAAUUGUUAUACACAACACAUCUUAAUAUAUCAUCAGAUACAACAUAAUAUCUGAAUAAUAAUUAAAUUUCUCUUCCUCUUUUGAGCAUCUUCUUGUUGUGUAGACCUUAUCAACAAUCUACUUCUGCAUUGGACAUGGGUGCCUUGAGAUAUUUAUAACCAAAAUCAAAAGCUUGGCAAGCAACUUGUGGCAAAAUUAGUGUGUUACCUCAGCCAUGGACCCACAGUACAUUUGCUUAUUGAGGUUAUUUGAGCACUGUGAUCACGAAAUUGACACAUAAAGGACCUCAUCCAUCAGUGAAUAAUAAAGGCUUUGUUUCAGAAUUUAUGCUAUUAUUUUCUGAUGAUGAUUUCAAGAGUUGCAAAUCUUAUGCGAGAAUUCCAUAGUUAAGGGACUUCAACCUGUUUCAUUUAGCCAUUCUCAUGCACAACAACAAACAACAAAGAAACAGUUCUCUUGCCUUAGUUUUGCCUUCUUCCAAUAACUGCAUCUGAAGUUACUUGAGAGCUUUCAUAAUCUAAUCUGAAACUGGACAUGGAGCCUCAAGAUAUCUUGUAACCACAUUUAAAAGCUUGCCAAGCAAUCCUGACAAUUAAUGGUGUUAAUGCAGCAUGGAGCGGAUGUAUAUUUGCUUACCGAGGUUAUCUGAGUCCCUUUUUUCGAAAAUUAACUCAUAAAUUACUGAUCUGUCUG